CUUCGAUACAGUGCAUUGUUGCGGGUUUCAUGAUAUCCAUUCAGAGAUGCGAUCGAUGUUUUUCACACCUGACAGCGUAGUACUAAAAUAAUCUCUUCUCUCAUGGCAAUCCUCUUAUCAUCUCUACCACCGGGGGUAUCCCCUCCACUGACUGAGGAUAAUGAGCAUAACCACAACGGCCUGCUUGUCAUCAUCACUUCUCUCGGCCUUUUCCUUGUCUUGGCCUCCCUUGGGAUCCGCAUAUUCGCCUCCUCGAAGCGCAGCAUCCUUUUACGAGACGAUUAUGUUCUGUUUAUUGUCGUGGCAUGCGCCUGCGCGCAAGUCUCUGUUGUAUUAGUCCAAGUUCACUUUGGGUGGGGCAAGUCGGGAGAGUUACUUCGCUCUGCAGAUUACUUUGCUAUGGUCAAGGCCGGCUACGCAGCAGACCUACUGUAUGCGCUUAUCCUAGGGCUGUCCAAGGUUUGCACAAUGCUUUUCUACCAAAACCUCUCCUUACCUCGGACGAAAUGGAUGAUCAAGUGCAUUCUGGCAGCAUGCGCGCUAUGGAUACUGCUUGCAAUGCUGCUAUUAGCCAUUCGCUGCAGCAGCGAACCUUGGCGUGACAUCAACCAACAGUGUUCCGGGCUGCUGCCACGCUGGCAAGCAAUCAGCGCCCUUGACAUCAUCCUAGAAGUGCUCAUUUUAUGCUUCCCUGUGGUGAUUAUCCUAAACGUCCAAAUUUCCCUGAGGAAGAAGAUCAUAGUCCUCAUCAUCCUCAGCUUUCGCAUCAUACUGAUCCCUCUCUCCGCUAUUCACUUCCAUUACGCUCAAAAGCAAAUCCGAUCCUCCGAUCCUACCCUUCUCGGAGCCUACGCCACCACGACCGCUGAGCUUCAUAUGAGUCUGAGCAUUGUACUAUUGACGGUAUCGUCCCUCAAAUUGUUUGUCGCAGUGUACGAAGACGACCAAGGCUUUGCCUACACAGAAGAGAUAACCGGCUCGAACAGUAACAGUGGGCCAACAGCGCCAACUUCGUGGAAGCUAUCGCGCCCGAUUCGAGAUCGGGGUCACUGUGCAAGCCCUGGUUCUGCGCGCCAGCCAAUCUUGCAGGGUACCUCGGCUUCCGCGUCGUCUUCCAAGACACCAUGUUUGCUGAAGCGAACAAACGCCAUCAUGAAAAGUGUCCAGAUAUCUGUAACGAGGGAAUGUAUUGAGCUAGAAGAGAGAAGAGCAUCUGGCAUCCCGGCAGCUGAUGUUUGAUCCAAUCUGUGAUCUUCGAUCCCGAGUGUUGGCUAGC